CUCGACCCCCACGCUUUGAUUCCACGUAAAGACAUGUAGCUAGUACCCAGUUGCCCACUUGGCAACAAAGUAUGGAAGUGGGACAAUAUCUUUCUCCUCAUUUGAUAUUCCAACUAGCUCUCUUUCUCUCUCUCUCCUUAUCAUCUUGUUUCGUAUAUAAGCUAUCUUAAGCAACCGGAAAAUUCCAGUUUCUAACUUAACUCUUGUUUAUUACAUAAUUUCUAUGAGAAGAAGGAGAAUGGCUACGACCAUUGCUCUGGAUCCAAGUUUUAGCCUACAGAUUGGGAGGGGUUUAAAUCAACAUGGAGCUGUGAUAGAAGAAAUUGAAGGGCUGAUUAAAGUGUACAAAGAUGGACAUGUGGAAAGACCACAGAUUGUUCCAUAUGUUAGCUCCGCAUUGCCUCCGGAGCUUGGUGUGACGUCAAAAGACUUGGUUAUCGACAAGUUCACAAAUGUUUGGGCACGUUUUUAUGUCCCAAAGUCAAAUCAGAAGCUCCCUUUGGUCGUUUACUUCCAUGGAGGAGGGUUCUGUGUUGGCUCUGCCGCUUGGGGUUGCUACCACGAGUUUCUAGCAAAGCUAGCCGUCAAAGCUAGUUGCUUGAUCAUGUCGGUUAACUAUCGUUUGGCCCCGGAAAACCCUCUUCCUGCUGCUUACGAAGAUGGAAUCAAGUGUCUAAUGUGGUUAAAACAGGAAGCACUAAAUGGGUCCAGUGAAUGGUGGUCUAAGCAGUGCAAUUUCAGUAGCGUCUUCUUAGCCGGUGAUAGUGCUGGUGCUAAUAUUGCUCACAAUGUGGCCAUAAGACUUUGCUCUAAUAAUCCCCACCCUUUAACUGUUAAGGGUAGUAUCUUAAUACAGCCGUUUUACGGAGGAGAAGCACGUACAAAUUCUGAAAAAAAUAUGGUCCAAUCUCCUCGGUCUGCCCUCAGCCUAGCAACUUCAGAUACAUAUUGGCGAUUGGCAUUGCCAUGUGGCACCAACCGUGACCAUCCAUGGUGCAAUCCAUUGGGAAAAGUGUCAGCAAAAAUAUUGGAGGAGAUGAGGGUUUUGCCUACUCUAGUGUGCAUAUCAGAGAUGGAUAUAUUGAAAGAUAGGAACCUGGAGUUUAGUGCUGCCUUGGGUAAAGCAGGGAAGAAGGUGGAGUAUGAGUUGUAUAAAGGUGUUGGUCAUGCAUUUCAGGUUCUGAGCAAGUCUCAGCUCUCACAAACUCGAACCAAUGAAAUGAUUGCCCAUGUCAAGGCCUUCAUUUAUCAGUGAUAUAAUGAUCUUUCGUAAAUUCAUUUUCAAACAUUUAAUUUUUGUGUAGUUGUCCCAUAGGCCAUAGCUUGUAAAUUCAUUUUAAUACUCUUGUUAAGUAUAUAUAAAUCACACUUAUGAUUGUAAGUGACACUUCAGGUUUAAA